GCUUUAUUUGGGCUUAGUGCACCAGUCGAUGUCGAUGUACGUUUUAAUGGCGAAGAACAGAGGAAGCAGGUUGAGGUGAAGGUGGACAAAGAACGACGUGACAGGUUUCCUCUAUACAUGGAUGGGGAAACUGUUACCGGAAGGGUUACGAUAAGACCGCGCGAUGGCAAGAAAAUUGAACAUCAAGGGAUCAAGAUAGAGUUUGUUGGAAACAUCGAACUAUUUUAUGAUAGAGGAAAUCAUUAUGAAUUUCUUUCGUUAGUUCAGGAAUUAGACAUUCCUGGGGAAAUACGUCAGCCUAAAAUGUACGAGUUUGAAUUCAAGAAUGUCGAGAAGCAGUAUGAAAGCUAUCAUGGGAUCAACGUUAAGUUGAGAUACUUUGUCCGAAUUACAAUCUCGAGGCGUCUCACGGAUAUUGUGAAAGAGAAAGAUAUCUGGGUAUACUCAUAUCGUAUGCCACCAGAUAGUAAUAACUCCAUUAAAAUGGAAGUCGGUAUAGAAGACUGCCUCCAUAUCGAGUUUGAAUAUAACAAAUCAAGAUACCAUCUCAAGGAUGUGAUCGUCGGGAAGAUUUAUUUCCUAUUAGUGCGUAUAAAGAUUAAACAUAUGGAAUUAUCCAUCAUCCGGCGAGAGACUACAGGGGCAGCCCCUAAUCAGUAUAAUGAAAGCGAGACUAUAACCAAGUUCGAAAUUAUGGACGGAGCGCCCGUGCGUGGUGAAACAAUUCCUAUUCGUCUCUUCCUUGGUGGCUUUGAGUUAACGCCAACUUUCCGUGACGUCAACAAGAAAUUUUCUACCAGAUAUUAUUUAAAUUUGGUGUUGGUUGAUGAAGAAAAUCGUCGUUAUUUCAAACAGCAGGAAAUCACGAUCUACAGAAGGAGAGUUGAUGAUGGGCUUCCACCCGAGGAUGAUAAAGAGUAG